AGCCUCCAUGAAGCUUCAGAAAUUUUCAUGGAAAGACAGCCUCUAGUAGGAAGUCUGCCACGUACGUGAUGUAGGAACUAGGAAAUAGAGUGAAGCUUUCUUCUGAGCUGCCACAUGUAGGAUUUACAGUCGUGAAUAGCCCUGGACGGUCGAUCUAGUCUCUGUUCAACGUGUGACGAGAGCUCAUGUGUGGCCAAAAUUCCUGAGAUGCUUCAGUGGAAGAAUGUGAGAGUAAUCCUUUUGUCCAUAAAAAGUAGACUUGAUUAUGCUUCGUCCUACUUUCCUCCUUGUUAAUUUUUUUUUCGAGCAACAGUUGCACGCUUCUACUACUAGCUAGCCACGAUCUUUGAGUUCUUCACAUGUCGAGUGAUCAGAGUCAGAGAGAUACGAGCAAUGGAAGAGAAGAUCAAGGUGACCAUCAGGUUAGGGACAUCCACGCUCUAACGCCUCCGAGUAGCGGGAAUCGAGUUCGGCAGAGAGAGUCCUGGGAUACGAGUAGCGAAGGAGCUUCCAGCGAGAAUUUUACAACCAUGAGUCGUGAAUUCAAUGCUCUCGUGCUCGCGGGCUCUGUAAUCGGCGGGAACGGUGCCAACGAAAACGACGGUGGUAUCACCGUAAAUAACCUUGCGAGGAUUGGGGAGGAAGAGCAAUUGCCGGAGGAGACGAACCCAUUGGCCAUUGUCCCAGAUAACAACCCACGGCCGGACCCCGUCCCUUCUCCGAGACGCGCCACCGCCGGUGGUGGUGGGUCUUCGACGAGUCUCAUAACCGAGGAAGUGACCAUGCAGAGGGUAAGGCGGGAGGAGACUGAAUCGAAGAUAUCGGCGUGGCAGACGGCCAAGAUUGCGAAGAUCAAUAACAGGCUCAAGAGGGAGGACGCCAUCAUUAAUGGGUGGGAGGGAGAGCAGGUCCAGAAGGCAACAUCUUGGAUGAAGAAAGUUGAGAGAAAGCUUGAAGCGAAAAGAGCGAAAGCACUGGAGAAAAUGCAGAACGAGGUGGCGAAGGCACAUAGAAAAGCAGAGGAGAGGAGAGCAUCGGCGGAGGCCAAGAGGGGAACUAAAGUGGCUAGGGUUUUAGAGCUGGCCAACUUGAUGAGGGCUGUUGGUAGAGUUCCUACUAAACGAUCCUUCUUCAAGGCUUAAUAGAUACCAACAGUGUUUACAAUAAGCAGCUAGCUAGCUUGCUAGCCCAGUAGACAGUACAGUAGUGGCGCCCUUCAUCUUUUGAAUAUUGAAGGGUGCCCUGGUUAUUGAGAGGUUUAAUUUAUAUUUAUUAAAGACUUUAUCCCAUCAAAUAGAACACAAAUUAAGAACUGUAAAUGCUUGCUUAGGGUUUAAGUUGAUUUUUCGGGUGUGGUUUGUUAAUGUUACAUUGUUGGUUAUGUGGGUGAUGAUCGAAAAAGAUUUUCUUUCUUUCAUCUGUCAUGUACAGUUAAAUUAUAUAGUCAGUAUACCAGUUUGCUUGCUUAUGGCGGUGCAUCUUUGGUUUGAUAUAAGGGAAAUAGAAGGCUGAAGAAAAGUUG